AUGGUGGACAGAAAACGUGGGGCGUCGUCGAGCGAAGCGCCCAGGAAAAUCCGCAAGGGCGCUCAUGCAGAACGACUCAAAAAGGAAGAAGAGGCGGAAUCGCCGGACGUGUCGCCCAGCCCGAAGCCUGAGGAUGUGAAGAUCAAAUCUGAAGACGAACAGGAAGAAGAGGAGGACAACGACGAGGACAACGACGAGUCUUUCACAGAAAAGGAAAACGGCGAAGCCAAAGAAGAUGAUGAGGAGAACGACAACGACGACGAGAAUGAAAACGAAAACGACAAUGAAAACGAGAACGACAACGAAAACGACAAUGAACAAGAGAAUGGCGACGAGGACGAAGACGAAGACGAAAAGAGGCGAAUAACCACCUUCAACUUUGAUGGCGUCGAGUACUCCUUCAAGGAGAGACCUUCGGUGCUCGAGGAACGCGACGGUAAGAUCGAGUUCCGUGUGGUAAACAACGACAACACGCGAGAGAACCUAAUAGUGCUUACCGGGCUCAAAAACAUCUUCCAGAAACAAUUGCCCAAGAUGCCUAGAGAGUACAUUCUGCGUUUGGUGUACGACAGAUCCCAUUUAUCCAUGGCGGUGGUGCGUAAACCGCUCACUGUGGUUGGAGGAAUCACUUAUAGACCGUUCGACAAGCGGGGUUUUGCCGAAAUCGUGUUCUGUGCCAUUUCUUCCACAGAGCAGGUCCGUGGUUACGGUGCCCACUUGAUGAACCACCUCAAGGACUACGUCAGAGCAACCUCUCCCGUCAAAUACUUCCUCACCUACGCCGAUAACUACGCCAUCGGGUACUUCAAGAAGCAGGGCUUCACCAAAGAAAUCACCCUAGACAAGCUGGUGUGGAUGGGAUACAUCAAGGACUACGAAGGCGGUACGCUUAUGCAGUGUGCUAUGCUACCUAGCCGGUUGCGUUAUCUAGAUCUGGGGAAGAUUCUCCUUCUUCAGAAAGCGGCGAUCGAGAAAAAGAUCAAAAUGCGGUCCAAGUCCCACAUUGUCCGUACCGGUCUCCGUGUUUUCAAAAAUGCCGGACCAAACUUCAAGCUUCUGGCGAAAGACAUCCCUGGUCUUCUAGAAAGUGGAUGGCUGGAAGAAAUGGACAAGAUAGCACAGAAGCCCAAGCGUGGGCCCCACUACAAUUUCAUGAUGACUCUUCUCCAGGAGCUCACAAACCAUCCAUCUGCCUGGCCAUUCGCUGUUCCCGUCAACAAGGAAGAAGUGGGUGAUUACUAUGAUGUAAUCAAGGAACCCAUGGAUCUCAGUACCAUGGAGCUGAAGCUUGAAAACGAUAAGUACGAGUCGUUUGAGCAGUUCAUCUACGACUGCCGUCUAAUUUUCAACAACUGCAGGUCGUACAACGCCGAAACGACCACAUACUACAAAAACGCCACAAAGCUUGAAAAGUUCCUCAAUAAGAAGAUCAAGGAGAGUGCUGAUUAUUCGCACUACUUGGACUAA